CGCUUUAACUCACCACCACCACCACCACCACCACCACCUGCUACAGCUCCUUCUGAAGAUGUUCCAAUCACAUCAGAUGGUGAACAUGUUGCUGAAAGUUUCCAACAAUUAAACUUAGAUCAUGGUCAAUCAUCAACCGCUCAAGAUACUUCAACACCAUCAAAUCCAGAUGAAAUAUCUUUGAAAGACCAAAACCAAAUGGUUAUAAGUUAUAUCCAACAAGCAUCUCUUCAUAUUAGAGAGGCUUUUACCUCAGAUGAAAUGCAUAAGUAUUAUCGUAUCAAGGAUAAUACAAAAACCAAUUAG